CACCACACAGGGUGGGUCUUCACCCCUUUUGCCGUUUCUUCUUCUUCUUCAAAGCCUUCACAAGCACUCAUUCUCUACUCGAAGUCCGGAAGCUGUUUGUGCGAUGGCCUCAAAGAAAAACUUCAGGCCGCUUUCUUACCUUCCGGCCCUGAUUCCCUCCACGAUGUCGAUUUGCAAGUGAGCGAUAUUACGAGCAAUCCAGAGUGGGAAAGUGCUUACCUGUAUGAGAUACCAGUUUUGGCCAGAGUGUUAUCUGAUGGCACCGAGGAAACUCUCCCCAGAUCAUCUUUGGAGCUGGUUCAGAAGAAAAUAGCUGCUGCUUUCUAACAUUAGCGGGUUUGGGAGCCCCUUUGUAAAGUGAAGUUAUUUUUCAUUGGAAUGUACAUCUUUGAUCUUUAUAACUCGCUUGAACUUUGUAUCAACGUCGAGUAAAUGAUCAGAAAAUGUUUUUUUGACUCUC